AUGGCGUCCCGGCCUGCUCUUACAUGGCAAAUCGACGGCAAAUACGAACCUCGGCUACAGUUUCACAAUCAGGGAGUAUUAACUAAUACCAGCAGUACCAGUUUCGGACCCAUCGCACCGAACCUCGUCCUCUUCGGUAUCUCCGUCGACCUCGGAAAGAUUCAGAACACGUCGUCUCCGUUGACGUGGGCUUUUGGAGUCGUUCGCAACCCCUCAAUAGGUUACUCCUCAGCCGAUAACACGACGCAGGACUUGAGCCCAUACUAUGUGACUCGUUACCCCGGGUCCAGUGGCCUGGCCCAAGCUAUCGAUAACUUCACGGCAGGGUUCUCAGAAGCCCAGAAAAGAGCGAUUGCACUGGACAACGCUAUCCUGGAGAACGCAUCGAAUAUCUCGACGCAGUACGCAGAUCUAGUGUCACUCGCUGCCCGUCAGACGCUGGGCUCCUUGGACUUCACGGUAUCAACGGGGACUGACGGGAAACCAAAUGCAUCGGAUGUCCGCAUUUUCAUGAAGGAUAUGGCUAGCUCUACGACGACAGGGCGCGUCAGUCCCGUAGAAAAAAUAUAUGGAGCACUUCCCCUGCUUCUCUACCUCAAUGCUUCCAUCGUGGGGCCCCUCCUUGCACCUCUGCUGGAUGCGCAAUACAGCACAGUCGGGAAGCUGUCCGCGGCGCAGGAUUUAGGCCCCGCCUACCCCAAUGCGACAGGUGCCACUUGGGGUCCCAAUUUGGAUGUUGAGCAAUCCGGAAACAUGCUGAUCAUGCUUUAUGCCCAUACGCAAUUCUCUGGCGAUGGGUCGUUAAUAUACAGAUAUUACGACCUCGCCAAGCGUUGGGCAGAUUAUCUCAUCAAUAACACGUUUAAUUCAACCAGCGAACAAUUUUCCGCAGAUUCCUUUGAGAUAGGAAGCACUGCCAACAUAACGAAUCUUGCUCUGAAGGGCAUCAUCGGGGUCAAAUCCAUGGCCGAGAUAAGUCGUGCUGUAGGCGAGCAAGCCGACGCAAAACUAUACGAUGAGCACGCAGCUACCCUGGCCACUUCAUGGCAUUCACUCACGCUGUCUUCGGAUGGGUCGCAUCUUCUUGGAAGUUACGGUGACGAGGGGUCGUGGGCGCUGAUGUACAACAUCUAUGCGGACCGCCUUCUGGGCACUGGCGUUGUGAAUGAAACUAUACUGCGUAGUCAGACAGCGUUCUACAAGGCCCUCCGCAGCUCGUCAGCCCUUAACUUUGGCCUUCCUAUUCACGGUAACACCAGCCUGACUAAUGCUGCUUGGGUCCUCUUCACCGCGGCCAUCGUGACGGACGACGGCCUGCGCGACAACCUCAUCCGCAGUGUUUGGGACAGAGCAUCCUUCAACCAAACACAAGGUCCAUUCCCGGAGUUGUAUUAUACACGAAACGGGUCAGUGUCUUCGGGAUCUGCGCUUACAAAUGCCUCACCCUCGUUCGGGGCAAUGUUCUCUCUCCUGGCUCUAAGUGUCCCUGACCUUACUAUCAAUGUCUCUCCACCACAACUCGGUGGAGGCCCCGCCGGAGGACAAUCUAAACAGGGCGCAAGGCACGGAGCUUCCAUCGGCGAAAUCGUCGGCAGCGUCGUUGGCAGCAUUGCAGUCGCAUUACUUCUCGGCGCGGUCGUGUACUAUGCCCAGCGCAGACGUCGCAAUCGCAGCCUGGAGAUGUACGGGCAUCGGCUAAGCAUGGGCAGCCUCUUUUCGGGGACUCAGUCACCAACUGGGGAUGUGCCUACCUCAGGCUUCUCGGCCUCGCCAUCCGCAUUCGUCCACGGAAGCGUUAGUGGGGCUGCUACAAUCGCCACGAAGUCGUUUGGGGCGCCCGAGUCUCCAGUAGACGCAAUCCCUUCCCCGCCCUCUCCGACCGGCCAUGCGCGCAUGAAUUCAUAUCCCCAGACAGCACCCCAGGACGCGCCAUCUAGUAAUACCAGCUCAGCUGCGCGCAACGGUAGCAGUGGAUACUCGGACGAGAUCAUCGGUCUGCGGGUGGAGAUGGAGAACCUGAGGCGCGCGGUGCAGGAGAUACAUAUUCAAGUUGGGCGAGGGACGGAGGCUCCCCCCGAGUACGUCGAAUAACGAGCCGUGGCGAGUGAAUCGGGGCGUUUUCUUCCUGUU